AUGCACCUGCGUUUUGGGAAAAAAAUGCAGGGAUUGAGAAGACACGGGGAAGGCACGAGCACCGUGGAGCAGCGGGAGAGGCCCAGACGUCCAGGGGCCCAGGUCGUGCCCAAAAGAUCCACAAAUAGCGGACUUGGAAAGCAGACCCCGAAGAGCUGGACCCACAGGCGGAUCCCGAGAGCAGAUCCCGAGAGCGGAUCCCGAGAGAAGAUCCCGAGAGCGGACCCGGAGGACACUCAAUGA